AGUCACGCUGCAACUGCGACUCCCUUCUCCAUCACAUCCACUUCUUUCCCGCAGACUCAGACCUUCCUUUUAAAGGAGCGCUGCGUUUCCUCACGUAUCCCCGAGACAAGCAUAACCGAGGAGUAAAAAAUCGCAUACAGGCACUCCUUUCUUUUUUUUUCGCUCCGUCCAGCUGGUAGUUGAAUUUCCUCUCAUUCAAUGGCUCUGUGCGUAGUGCUGCUCUGCGCCCUGUUCGGAGUUCUCCUUGGUCAAGGAGAAGAUAACGCUUCCAUAGACUGUUGCAAAGAUGGCCAGAAGCAUGGAAAUGAUAACAAAGACUGUGCAUCCAUUCCUCUAAUUUCUGGAUCAACCACAUGCAGGAUAGUGCAGGAACAGUGCUGCACAGCAGUGCUGGAAGAUAAUAUGUGCACCACUGGUAUCAACACAGCAAAAGACCGAGGAGACUGCGAUUCUUUGUUCACCAGCACCUGUGAGACCAAGACUACAAAGAUGUGCUGUGACUGUUGUCUGCUGGGGAAGGCAGCAAAGGAGCUGGGCCUACCCUGUGACCACAACCUGUCUGUGGGCUACCAGUGUAGCCUGGUGUCACGGGCCUGCUGUGUGGAUGAAGCUUCAGACAAUCAGACAACAGAAAUGGAAAUGGAUGUCACCACUGGAAAUGGAGAUAAUGUGGUUUUAAGUAAUCAGUGCAAUGGGAAGUGUGCUCAUCAGUGUGUGGGGAACGACACCUGUGCAUGUUUCAAAGGCUUUAAACUCAGACCAGAUGGAAAGAGCUGCGAAGAUAUCAAUGAGUGUUUACUGGGAGCCAGCAACUGCCGGGGUGGAGAGCGUUGUAUCAACACAAAGGGCUCCUUCCGCUGCCAGAGAGAGAUCAGCUGUGGGACCGGUUAUGAACUCACAGACAGCAACAACUGCAAAGAUAUUGACGAGUGUGAGACCGGAAUCCACAACUGUGGCUCCCAGUUUGAGUGUCAAAACACCCAGGGGUCAUUCCGUUGUCUCCCAAAGGUUAAGUGUGGAGAAGGCUUCAUCCAGGAUGCCCUUGGAAACUGCAUUGAUAUUAAUGAAUGUGUUACCCAGGAAAGUCCGUGUCACAGAGGGCAGGUCUGCAUCAACACUGUGGGCUCCUUCACUUGUCAGAGAAACUCUGUAAACUGCGGUCGAGGAUACCAUCUCAAUGAAGAUGGCACACGCUGUGUUGAUAUUGAUGAGUGUAAGAACCCUGAAGAAUUCUGUUCAGGUCAUGGUUGUAUCAACCAACUGGGGUCUUACCGCUGUGAGUGCCAGCAGGGCUACAACUUCAACAGCAUCACUCGUCUUUGUGAAGAUAUUAAUGAAUGCAGGCACUACCCCGGCCGCCUGUGUGCUCAUAAGUGUGAGAACACCCUGGGAUCCUACAAGUGUAGCUGCACCACAGGCUUCAAGCUAGCCAAUGAUGGCAGGAACUGUGAUGAUUUGAAUGAAUGUGAGAGCAACCCGUGUAGUCAAGAAUGUGCCAACGUGUAUGGCUCCUACCAGUGCUACUGUCGCCGUGGCUACCAGCUCAGUGACAUCGAUGGCAUGACUUGUGAAGAUAUAGAUGAAUGUGCGCUGCCCACUGGAGGUCAUAUUUGCUCUUAUCGCUGUCACAACACCCCUGGCAGCUUCCACUGCUCCUGUCCUGUUAAUGGCUACACCUUGGCAGCAAAUGGGCGCAGCUGCCAGGAUGUUGAUGAAUGUGUGAUGGGAACACAUACGUGCACAGAGGAUCAGAGCUGCUUUAAUAUACAAGGGGGAUUCAGAUGUUUGUCGUUCGACUGUCCAAGGAACUACAAACGUGUUGGAGAGACUCGAUGUGAACGUUUGCUUUGCAAUGAGUCUAUCGAGUGCCUGACCAUGCCUCUGAGAAUAACCUACUACUACCUCACCUUCCCCACCAACAUCCCUGUCUUCACCAACAUCUUCCGAAUGGGCCCCUCCCACACCGUGCCUGGUGACAACAUCCAGAUCGCUAUAACUGAUGGCAACCAGGGCAGUUUCUUCAAGACAGAGCGGACAGCCACUGGUGGCAUAAUGUCGGUGGCAAAACUCAUCAACAAGCCUCAGGACUUUGAUCUGUCUCUGGAGCUGAAGCUACGUCGCUAUGGCACAGUUACCUCUUACUUGGCCAAAGUGCGGGUGUUUGUGACUCAGGAAGAGCCCAGAGUACCUUAUAAUCCCCUACUAGAAUAAACAUACAAGUUUGUUAGAGCUAUACUUGUUACUAUACUUAAAAAAGCCUGUAUCAUAUUAGUUGAUAUAUGUGGAGAAAAAAGAGAAUUGGUGGAAAAAUACCAUGUGGUGUGAUUACAGUAAAGCAUCAUAAUGUAUUGUAGAUAACUGUAUGCUGCAAUACAUACAUGAGUGCAGAACAUUCUGAAGAGGUAUGCAUUUACAAAACUGUUAAAAAUCAAAAGCCACACCUUAUUUCCUCAUAUAUUGCCUGAAAAACAGGAAAUAGUCACAGAAAUAUAAUUUAAACUUGUGCAUACAUAUUUGGAAAUAUAGUGACUAAGAUAUAAAAUAGAGUUUAAACAAUUCUACAAAGCUUUAAAUUCAGUACUUGGCAUGGUCAGCUUUAUUCUUCAAUCCUCUUAGACAUGGUAUCUUGUCUUUUCUUGAAGUAGUGUUCAGGGAUACUUCUCCAGGCUUACCUCCUAGCUUUUUGAAAGACAUUUUAAAGCAUUUCUUUGGGUUUUGGCUGUCUUUUUUCCCCUUCCUAUGUCAAGAUGAUCCCACACUGCUGCAAUAGAAUUGAGGUUCAGGCUCAGGAGAGGAUUCCUAUCUCCAUAACACUUGAUGCCACCGAUUUUCAGUCCAGUUCUGUUGUCAUUUCGCAUAAGUCAGCCUUUUCUCCCUGUUUUAGGCAAGGCUUAUUGACAACACCAUUUCUGAUGAAACUUGAGUACAUUGACUGAAAGUCCAGAUGCAUCUCCCAGGUUCUGUGUCUGGAUCAAGCCUAUGUUGGUUUUUUUCCGCCUAUGUUUCAAGGAUAACAACUUCAGAUAGUAUUGAUCUGCUGUAGAUAGGUUAAAAAACAACAACAAAAAAACCUAACAUUUCUUUUGUCCUCCAUAUGCCCAGUUUCCUCAAUUUUUAUUUUAAAAACACACUGCACACACCAUGCUGAUAUAAGUGAAUUUACUGAAUCUUUCAGAAUUGCUUUUUUGGUACAAAAUUCUUUUUUAUGCUUGUCAAACUUUCAUUGUUGACAUGUUCUGAAAACAACUGAAGUAGUGACAACACAUAAUGUGUCUGUGACAGGCUGCUGGUAACAAAGUCCCUAAAGAUACUGUUUAAAAUUCCUUUUGCCAAGUUGUCUGUCAUGUAAAGAUACAGCACUGGAUAAUCAAUCUAGUUAGGUGACAUUUUUAAUGCUUGAAUGAUUUAUAGAUCAUUGGUUGGUGGCUUGACAACCUAAAAAGAAAUAAAAGAAAGAAUAAAAAUUUAUUUGAAAGUGCUGAUGUACAAGGACUGGACUGAAAAUGAAUGAAAACGCAGCAGAUGUUUGAAGAACAACCUUGAAAGUGUUUCAGUUGCUCAACACUAAAAGAUUACAAAAAAGUAUGACGACUUGGAAAAUAAUUAUGAAGAAAUAAGCUGUGGCUCAAGUCUUCUGCACAGUAAUGUAUAUGCAUAAAGUAUGAUUUGUAGCUUUUGCUGUUCUAUGGUUUUUUAAUCUAGAUCUAUCAGUUGACAGUCUAGCUUUCCUUGAAUGCAUGUUCAACAUAACACACACACACACACACAUAUAUAUAUAUAUAUAUAUAUA